AUGCUAAUUGGUAGAAGAACAACAAUUCGUGGACGUGUAACACAAUUUGGAUUUGGUGCUUUUUUAUCUCAGAAAUUUUUACAUCUUUCUGAUCCAACAGAACCAGUUCAUUUGAAUGUUAUUAAGUAUGAUGAAAAUUUGUGUACGGAAAUAAAAUAUAAAACUAUUGAAGAAUUUCUACAGACACCAUCGGAAACAGUAAACUCAAUGACAUGGAUUGACAUCGAUGGUAUUCAUGAUCCAGAUGUCAUAUCUGGAAUAGGUGAACGUUAUGAUAUUCAUUCAUUAGUUCAAACAGAUAUAACAACAACUGAACAACGAACAAAAUUAGAUGUAUUGGAUGAUGCUUUAUUUCUUGUAUGCAAAUUAAUAUAUCAUGAUAUGGAUUGUACAGGUCAAAUAAUUAUUCAACAAAUGAGUUUUUAUUUGAAACAUGAUAUUCUUAUAACAUUUCAAGAAACAUCCAAAGAUUUAUUUGAUUCAAUAAAAAAUCGUAUUCGACAGGGAAAAGGUCGUAUAAGAAAGUCUAAAAUUGAUUAUCUCUUUUAUUCGCUUCUUGAUGUUAUUGGUGAUCAUUAUAUGGAUGUUCUUCAUAUGAUGGAUACAUCAGUUGCAUCAAUUGAUAAUCAACUGAUGAAAACACUUAAACGUGAUACAUUAGAAUCUAUAUAUGAUUUAAAACGUGAUAUUCUUUCUUUACGUUCAAUAAUAUCUCCAUUCAAAGAAAUAAUUAUUAAAUUACAAAAAGAAGAAGAAACACAAAUUAUGCAAGAAAGUACAAAUAUUUAUUUAAAAGAUUUAUUUGAUCAUAUUGUACAAGCUAAUGAUUCUAUUGAUACAUAUAGAGAAAUGUUAUCAUCGUUUAUUGAUUUUUAUAUGAUCUUAAAUUCAAAUCAUAUGAAUGAAAUAGUUAAAACAUUAACAAUUGUAACAAGCAUUUUUAUUCCAUUAACAUUUAUUGUUGGAGUUUAUGGCAUGAACUUUGAAAAUAUGCCUGAACUUCGUUAUAAAAAUGGUUAUUUUAUUGUACUUGGUUGCAUGGGUAUGUUGGUAAUACUCAUGCUUUCAUUUUUUAAGUAUAAACAUUGGUUGUAACAUUUUUUAUUAGUUUGCUCAUCAUAUUUCUUUUUAAUAUUCAAAAAUAAAUAUAAAGAUCUAUCAAAUGAUUUGACAAAAGCAAACAUUGUUUGAUAUAAAAAGAUACCAAUUGGCUUAGAUUUGGGAGGUUCCAAAAAAAGGAUAAAGAAAUUGGAAGGAGAGAUACCAUGAUCGCAUUUUUCUAAUCGUAUGACAUUUUACUGGAUUUUUCUUCUAGAAAUUUGCAAAUUACUAUCAAUAGUUAUUUAAUUUAUCAGUGAAAAUUAUCUUUGUUUUUCUUUUAUAUCAAACUUCCUGAUUCUCUUACUUUUCUUCUGAUUUUAAUUAUUUUCUUACUUGACUAUUAGCGAUAUGUUGAUCCAACAAGGACUUUCAGCAAUAUAAGACAUCUAUUCCAAUGUUUAAUAUAUAUGUUGCAGUUGACUUUGGAAUCAAGUUGAGAUUGGAAUUAUCUAGGUUGUUCGGUUUUUUUUACAAAUUUUGUUAACAUGCAUGCAAAAGAAUUUGUUUGUUUGUCACUCCAUUUAUGUUUAUUGUUAUUUCUUGGGUGAUCAAGAUGGAUUCAUUUUUGUAUUUUGAUUGAUAAAUAAUUAUCAGUGACUUUCUUUAGUGUUUUCUUAUAUAAUUAUUUAUAUUAGUUAUGGUAUUGAUUUUAAUGAAGUUUUUAUCUGUAAUAAUGCUAGACGAUGAUUUGAUAUUAAACAAUUUCUUGCUGAAUUAGUAUGGAUUGCAGUUCAAUAUUUUUUGUUCAUGCUUGGAAGAUAGGGACAUUGCAUGAUUGGUUCAAGCGAAAUCUAGAGUAGAUUAGUCAUUUGUAUUAUUUUAUAUUUGAAUUUUUCUUUGAGCUCGGGACAUGUGGACAUUGAAUGAUUGGUUGAGACGAAAUCUAGAGCAAAUUAGUCAGCUAUAGGAUGUGGGUGUGGGCGUGGGUGUGAGUGUGGAUGUGGGUGUGGGUGUGCGUGUGGGUGUGGGUGUCGAUGCGGGUAAGG